AUGGGUAAAAAGGUCAAAAUUGGAAAACAGCGUCGUGAUAAAUACUAUAAGUUAGCUAAAGAAGCUGGUAAGAGCUCAUUUUUGCUUUGUUGUGUUGACUUGGUACCCAUAAAACCGAUAGCUAAUUGUAUCGCCCUACAAGGUGAUAUAACAACGGAGAAGACCCGACAAGCGAUAAAGAAGGAGCUGCAACGUUGGGAGGCUGACUGUGUACUUCACGAUGGUGCUCCCAAUGUUGGUCUGAAUUGGGCUCAUGAUGCCUUUCAACAGAACUGCCUCGUUCUGUCGGCUUUAAGGCUGGCCACGCAAAUACUCAGGAAGAAUGGUACAUUCGUUACUAAGCCACCAAGGGUACCGUUCAGAGCAGAGCUUGUGAAUUAUGAAAGUGAGGUAACAAAGAAAUUAGGUUGCCCCAGAACGUUUGCUGACCACAAAAAGGUGUUUUCGGAGCCGAUGGUCAUGAGGCACAGAAACAGAAUCCUCAGACUCUCGCUUGUUGACGAAAGAAGAAGAAAGCCAGAGGCUGAAGGCUAUGAAGAGGAAGUGCUUGAUUAUUUGGAACUGUUAGGUAACGCCAGUGAGAUAGUUCUGGAUCAGGAUAAAUGGAAAGAGUCCCCUGAAACAACUGAGGAGAUUCGUGAAUACUUGAAAGAUUUGAAAGUUUGUGGUCCACGUGAGCUACGGAAGCUGUUAAAGUGGAGAAAAGCAAUGAGGGGAAUUCUUGAGCAGGAGCUCAAGGCUCUUGAAGAAGAGCUUGGUGAAGAAACUCAGCCUGAAGCGGAAUUGAAUGAGGAUGAGCUCGAAGACAAGGAGAUGGCAGAAAUUGAUGAAAUGAUUGCGCGAGCAAGUGAAGAGGAACGAGCAGCUCUGAAGAAAAGAAAGAAGAAGUUACUGAAAGCAAAGGCGAAGAUUGUCAGACGACGUCAACUGAAAAUGAUCAUAGAAGGUGAUCAUGCGGAUCAGGUUGAAGAUCUUGAGCUGUUCAGUUUGAAGAAGAUUCGUAGGGCUCGAGAAAUCAACCAGCUAACAUCGGAUGCCGUUGAAACACCAGAGAUGAGACCCGACAAAGACGAGGGCGAGGAAGGUCUAGGCGAAGGAGAGUGGGAGACCAGAGGAGUAGAUGAGUCUGACGACGAGAAAGAAGACUCCGAUGGUGCGAUGCAGGAAGAAUCCAGCGACGAAAGUGACAAUGAACUGAUCAACACUGAAGAAAGUGGAAUGAGCAAAAUACAGAAGAAGGAAAGCAGAGCUGACAAGUGGUUCAGUAAGGAUGAAAUCGCCGGAUUGCUGUCCGAUGAAGAUGAUGACGAUGAGUUGGAUGUGAUAGAGAAGCAUAUGAAGCGACAAAGCAAAAAUAUUCAUGCCAAUACAGUGAGUUUUGAUGAUGAGGAAGUGUCUGGUAAAAAGAGGAAAAAGAGCGGCGAUGUUGAUGAUUUCAACAAAAAAGAUGAGGAAGAGAGUGAGGAUGACGAUGAAGAAGCUGAUGAUGAUGAGGAGGCCGAAGAAACGAGUACAGAGCCUAAGUCAAAAUUUGCCGCUGAAAUGGCUUGGGAGGAGGAAGAGGUUGAAGAAGAUGACAAGCGUGCCUCUAAACGUGAAGCUCCGAAGACGUCACUCGACGAGGAUCUGAAACCGAGUAUAUAUGCAAAUAAUGACGAAGGGCUCCCCGAUUGGUUUGUUGAAGAUGAAAAGAAACAUUAUCGGAAGCAGCUACCCGUCACCAAGGCACAAGUAGAAGAAUACCGAAAGAGAUUAAGAGAGUUGAAUGCUCGACCGUGCAAGAAGGUAGCCGAAGCGAAAGAACGAAAAAAGAAGAAGGCUCUUCGUCGUUUGCAAACAGCUAAGAAGAAAGCCGAAGGAGUUUUGGAAAACGAGAACCUUGAACAUUCCGAAAAAGUUCGAGAAAUGCGAAAGAUUUACGCCGCUGCUCAUCGAAAAGACCAUAAGAAGACAGAAUUAGUGGUGAUGACAAAAGGAAAGAAAGGAAAGAUAUCGAGGCCGAAUGGGCGCUAUAAGCUCGUGGAUAGCCGAAUGAAGAAAGAUCUCCGUGCUAUGAAGAGCAAAGACAAGACGAAAGGCCGAGGAAAGAAGUCACGUUCCGGAAGGGGAAGAGGGCGUCAUUAG